UUGAAUAAUAAAAUAUUUGAAUAAUGCAGCCGUACAAAUGUAACAAGAAGUGGGUGAUUUCUCUAACACCACUCCCACAUAAUGGGUCGGGUUCACUGAUGGAAGGCGGCGGAGCUUGCCUUGUUUGUAAGAGAAAGCUCACUGAUUCUUCUUCCUAUCAAUUCUGCUCCAUUGCAUGCAAGGUUUCAGCGAGUAGGGGUGAAGUGGAAGUUCCGGAAGCGGGAGAAGGGAGUUCAGCAAUGCAGGAAGACGAUGAGGAACCGGGGAAUGGUCAAGGCCGCCGCCGUAGGCGCAGCCGGAAAGGAGUCCCUCAUAGGGCACCUUUCUCUUCUAAUACUCCCAUCGUUUGAAUUAUUAUUAUUACUAUUAUGGAAUUUCAUUUGAAUUUGGGUUUGUACUUUUAUUAAUUUGCUAGACCUUAUGUUAUGUUUUAAUUUGUGUGCCUUUAAUUUUCAUUUGGAACUAUGUUAUGUUUGUGUGCUUUUGUUUUAAUCUUUCUGGAUUAUUCGGGAAGACUUAUUCAAUAUUAUGGAAUUUCAUUAAGUUUAA